AUGGGUAGAUCAAUGGAGUGGACGAAAAAUCUAUCGCAAGGAGAGAAAGAGAUAGUAAGGCUGGGUGUUGGUGCAGAGGAAGUGUGCUGUAUUGAUGAUGGAACCUCUAGGGCAGCCAUGUGUCUUGGUAUGGCUACAGAGAUAAAUCCGAAUAGGAAAUGUAAACUAUAUCGUAUUCCAUUAAACGGGUCUUCCUUCUUAUCAAGAUUCGGUAUAUGUUUUAAGAGCCAGGAGCACUGUGGUGGAUAUUUGAAUCAUUUCGAUCAUUCUCCGGGUGAUUUGCCUCAUCUGGUGGUAGAGCUCUUCGCUACCGAAGGACUCUAUCGUUUCAAGCUCUUAAUCAUCAAAUACAUCCCUACAGGCCCUAAAAUAAUGGGCGGUGGGGUCUACGAUGUCUUGGAAGCGAAUGCGAAGGCAGAUGGACUCAAAUUCCGAUCUCGAGAGGUGGUCUCUACCGUUGUCUUGCCGCACUUCGAAGAUCCAGUUGGCGACAUGGGUGUCUCCAAAUUUCCGAAAGACACUAUUCGGAACAGUCCCAUUAGCUAUCAGUGGCAGAACGCAAUAUCGCGUGAUUUAAUUUCACGUGAUCCUACGUUUAAGGUCCUUGAGGACGCUAACUUCGGACGACCCCAGUUCGAUAUCACCAAUACUAGCCUAGCGAGCCUGAAUUUGCCUUGCCAGAUUAAGAUCAAUACUGCGGAUUGCGUGGAGUGUACUAGUAAAUGGGUAAAUGGCAACGGCGUCGGUUCAAUGUGUACUGACGUGAAGGCGAGCCUUGGCCUGAAAGUUGACGGUAGUUACGUUGGUGAUAGGGAACCUCAGAAAAUUGUACCAAACACAAAAUUUACCAAUGCUUUCAUUAGAACCACUGUUCCAGGGCAAAACCAGGCCAGACGGCACUUAACCAGCAGUAUUCAUGAACAUUGUUUUAUUAUCUUCUCCAUGGAUUAA